GUUCAAUUCGCCACUGAUGCGCCGCCCAUUUGUGCGACUACUCGCUUCGUCGUCGCACCAAUCUCACGCCCACGCCGUAGCUCGCCCUCCCCGUCCUCCGAUCUCUCUAGACCAACUGUUCCCGCAGCGUCCCGGUGUGCAGGAUGAUCUUUUCGCUCAGCGCAGGGGACCUCGCGGCAGUCUCGCUUUCCCGGCUUCCUCCGGGGCAUCAAUCCAGCCAGCUGCCGGCGAGCACGACUCCGCGUACCAACAGCUCGUCCGGCGCUAUUUGGCCUCCUCCGACCUCGGCGACGCCAAAAGCCUCCACCUUGAGUGGAUCAAGAGCGGCUUCACGUCCGACGUGUUCUUGUCCAACAACGUGGUCAAUCUCUAUGCUAAAGCCGGCGACUUGGCGACCGCUGCCGAGCUGUUCGACGAAAUGCCGGAGAAGGACGCGGUUUCCUGGACUUGCUUGAUUUCAGGAUGCGCUCGACAUGGAUUGUGCGACGAGAGCUGCCAUUUUUUCCGCUCGAUGCUUCGGUCUGGGAUUGAACCUUCGCAGCUCACGUUUACUAGUGUUCUUCGAGCGUGCGGUGUCUCUGGUCCUGACCGCUUGCUGCUAGGAACCCAAGUCCAUGGUUUGAUCUCUAAAACUUCGAGCUCUAUAAGCACAUUAGUCUGCAAUGCGCUAAUCUUGAUGUAUGGUAGUUGCCGUUUGGAUUCUGCGUCGCAUGCACGACGAGUGUUUGAUUGGACAUCAGAAAAGAGUUCGAUCACAUGGAACUCGAUCAUCUCAGUCUAUUCGGAGAGAGGAGAUGCUGAGUCCGCCUUUGAGCUGUUCUCUGAGAUGCAAAUGGGUAAUUCAGGAUGCUGUUUGAGACCCGAUGAAUUCACAUAUGGCAGUUUGAUAACUGCAACUUAUGGUUGCUUUUAUGCUUGCUCUGUUCUUGAACAAAUGCUUGCCUAUAUAUCCAAGUCAGGCUUCUCAAGAGACCUAUAUGUUGGCAGUGCACUAGUUAGUGCAUUUGCUCGAUCAGGAAUGCUUGAUAGAGCUAAGGAAAUAUUUUGUCUAUUGGAUGAGAAAAAUGCUGUUUCGAUGAAUGGGUUAAUGGUUGGACUGAUCAAGCGGAACCUUGGCGAAGCAGCAGUAGAUGUGUAUCGAGAAGCAAGAAGAUCAGUUAUAGUCAAUGCUGAUUCUUAUGUGAUAUUGCUGAGUGCACUGUCUGCAUUCUCAGCAUCGGUGGAAGGAUUAGGAAUAGGAAGGGAGAUUCAUGGUUAUGUCAUCAGAAAUCGAUUAAUAGAAAAACAUGUCGCUAUAGGGAAUGGCUUGAUUAAUGUGUAUGCGAAGUAUGGUGAUGUUGAUAAUGCAGCCAAGGUUUUCAGCCUGUUGAGAGUUAAAGAUCAAGUCUCCUGGAAUACCAUGAUCACUUGUCUUGAUCAGAAUGGGCUUUCAGAAGAGGCUCUAACAAACUUUCAUCUGAUGCUAAGAAAUGGUGUUUUGCCUUCCAAAUUUUCAGUUAUUAGUACAUUAAGUUCAUGCGCUAGAUUAAGACUUACAAAUGCAGGUGUGCAGUGUCACUGUAUUUUGACCAAAGUAGGGCUUGACAUGGAUGUUUCUGUGUCAAAUUCUCUUCUGACAAUGUAUGGAGAAUGUGGUAAAAUGUCUGAUUGUUGGAGAGUUUUCAGCUACAUGAUUAAGCAUGAUCUGAUCUCAUGGAACAGUAUAAUUGGGGCAUUAGCAAGCAAUGGAGCAUUCCUUAUGGAUUCAGUGAGGAUUUUCUUAGAUAUGAUGCGAAGCGGUUGGUACCCCAACAAUGUGACAAUCAUAAAUGUCUUUGCUGCUGUCUCUGCACUAUCAGAUCUUGGGAUGAGCAGGCAAGUUCAUAAUCUAGUACUGAAACAUCGAAUGUCAGAAGACAUUGUGGUUGAGAAUUCUCUCCUAUCAAGCUAUUCAAAGUCUGGGGAUAUGGAUUCUUGUGAGCGACUCUUCUACAAAAUGGCUGAUAGGAGGAAUGGUGUCUCAUGGAAUUCAAUGAUCUCAGGAUAUAUCCAAAACGGGCUAAUGCAGAAGACCAUGGAUCUAGUAUAUUCUAUGAUCCGCAGGGGGCCCAAGAUGGACUCUUUUACUUUUGCCACUGUUCUAAGUGCUUGUGCUUCUUUAGCAGUACUAGAUCAUGGGAUGGAAAUACAUGCUUUUGGAAUAAGAACUUAUUUGGAAAUUGAUGUAGUAGUAGGGAGUGCACUCGUUGAUAUGUACGCCAAGUGCGGAAGAGUUGAUUACGCUUCACGGGUUUUUGAAUCCAUGAAUUUGAGAAAUGAAUUUUCAUGGAACUCUAUGAUUUCUGGUUAUGCUAGGCAUGGGAAUGGAGAUGAGGCUCUGAAGCUCUUUAACAAAAUGCAAAGUUCAGGUCAGUGUCCAGAUCUUGUUACCUACGUCGGUGUUUUGUCUGCAUGCAGUCAUGCAGGAUUGGUGGAAGAAGGUUUGGAGCAUUUUGAAUCAAUGAAGAAUCAUGGUUUGGUUCCUCAAAUUGAGCACUAUUCAUGUGUCAUAGAUCUCUUAGGCCGAACAGGCAAGUUAGAUGAAAUGGAGGACUUCAUUAUUAGAAUGCCUCUGCGGCCAAAUGAUAUGAUAUGGAGGACUGUGUUAGUUGCUUGUCACAGGUCAAAAGAUGGUGCUAAGAGAGAGAUAGCGAAACAAGCAUCCAAAAUGCUUUUGGAAGUGGAACCUGAAAAUCCAGUUAAUUAUGUCCUCAUUUCUAACAUGUUUUCUUCAAAAGCAAGGUGGGAAGAUGCAGCGAGAAUUCGAAAAGUUAUGCAGGCGCUACCAGUCAAGAAAGAAGCAGGGUGUAGUUGGGUCACAUUACAGGAUGGACUUCAUGUUUUCGUUUCAGGAGAUAAAUCACAUCCAAACACUGAAAAGAUUUAUGCCAAGCUACAUUUUCUAAUUCAGAAGAUAAGAGAAAUAGGUUAUGUUCCUCAAGUAGAUUUCUCAUUGUAUGAUAUAGAGUUGGAGACCAAAGAGGAGCUAUUAAGUUAUCACAGCGAGAAGCUUGCAGUUGCAUUUGUCCUCUCUCACUCUUCGACAAUCCCAAUACGGAUCAUGAAGAACCUUAGAGUUUGUGGUGAUUGUCACUCAGCUUUUUGCUACAUUUCUAAGAUUGUUGGGAGAAGAAUAACUUUACGUGACUCUAUCAGGUUCCAUCAUUUUGAGGACGGUAGAUGUUCGUGUGGUGAUUUUUGGUAGCGACAAACUACGGUUUGCUAUAUAACAAAUCUGAAUUUGCAGGGUUUUGCUGCAAAAUUUCUUUUGCUCACUAGACUAGUGUUGCAAUGUAGGGGCUUCUUAGAGAUUCUCCUUUUGCUAGAACAAUAUUGCAUCAUUUGACUUCUCUUUAGGAUUUUGGUGGAAAAUCAGGGGAGUAAAUAAUUGCCACAGAGAUGAGUAUAAUCACACUGAAUCCAGGAUACAUUUACUAGCUUUUGCUGAGGAAGUCUCGGAGAAUUGAAUUCUAAUGAAGAAAAGGCAGAUCAAGCUGAGAAGCUACAAACCAAGAAGGCAAAAG